AAGCAGCAAUUGGACAACAAUUUAUGGACAGCUAGCUUACUUAGCUUUUGUCAGAGCUUUGAUUAAAACUUCUCGUAAUUAUUGGUUUACAAAUAGUGUAAGUCGUGUUAAAACUAUUUGACGACAUGGAUAUUUUAAGAGACGAAGGAGUGCAUGAUUUGAAAUACAAACCCGGUGGUCGUUUGGACAUGAGCCACGGCUUCCUUCACCAUAUCCGCAGGAACCAAAUUGCUAGAGAUGAUUAUGACAAAGAAGUAAAGCAGGCUAAAGAGCUUCAGCGGCGAAGGCACACAACGACCCCUAGAAGACCUCGCCGUCCUGACAUCCAAGUGUACCAUCCUCGACAAAGACGUGGUUCAGAGCCAGAAGCCGGCGCCGAUCCUGAAGAGUGGAACGAGAGUGGGUCGAGCACAGAGACUGAAAGCAACGGGACAGAACUCUUUUGGCUCGACUAUCAGGAGGACUCGGGAGCCAUUACUUCUUUCCUGGUGCACAAGGAGGAUAAGCCUGAGAAGGUGGUGGAGCGUGUUGCAGAGAAGAACGUCCUGGAUGCCGCCAUGAGAGCUGCUCUGGAGGUUCGAAUUCGAAAGGAAAUUGAAAAACGGCGAGACAACCGAUGACAGGCGUUCGCAGACAGCGUGAUGAAAAGCCAAAGCUGUUGCAGCCGCAGAGUUAUGCGCUCCUGCGUUUGUGUGGUUCGAGCACAACGAGGACCCUGCUGUCAUUUACAGCGACUGUUGGCAGAGGUCGACUCGAAGACGAGCUAAACGUUGGUUAGGAAGGAGAAGGAACACUCAGUUAGGUCUACAUGUCUAUCAGCGGAACGUGUCCUAGGUUUUAUUCGUUUACAAGUUCUCCUUUUUUUGUUUUCGUUUACAAAUUCUCGUUUACCAGGAAGAAACGAGUGUUGUCAGAGGAGCGUCAGCGUAUGAGCGCCUGUCUUGGUUCUGAAAAUGAAAAGUUUGUCUUGUUUAGUAGACGAGGUCACGCGUGUUUAGGUGGGAACUCUGUGUUCUAGUUUUCAGUUGUAUUAUUUAUUAUUAUGAGUUGUGGAAAUGCCAUUAUUUUUGAUACUGUGAUACAUUUUGACAGCUGAAUUUUUGAA